UUGAUCUACAGAUUGUACAUCCACAAAAUUUUAAUGGAUUGUCAUUCUCUGGUACAGUAAAACAAUCUCAAAAGCUUACCGUUAAUGCGAAAUAACAUCGCACUUAAUCUUAGUGUGAGAAUUCCACCAGAUACAACAGCCUCGUUGAGCAUACCAAAAAGUUUAUUUGAGGAAUCCACAAUCAGUAAUAAUAAUAUGAAUAAUCGGACAGCCAUUUUUGCAUUUUACAAAGAAACAAAGUUUUUUACGACCUCAAUAUUUCAAGAAAGAAGUCUAUUUGGGCGUUUAAAUAGUUUGGUAAUAGCAGGAAGUAUUAAAGGUUUGACUAUCAGAAAUUUAGAGACACCAGUAGAAAUUGCCUUGAAAGAAAUUGAACCUGGAAACACGACCAGUGCCAAAUGCUCAUUUUGGGAUUUUAAACUGAGCAAUUGGUCUCAAGAAGGUUGCAGUUUUAUAAGAACUCUAGAAGAUGGUAGAAUACUUUGCAGUUGUGAUCAUCUUACAAGUUUCGCAAUGUUAAUGCAUAUUUACCCUGAGAAGACACAUGACCUGGCUCUUUCCAUCGUAAGUUACAUUGGAUGCGCACUUUCGUUGAUAAGAUCGAUUCUUACAAUAAUAUUGGUUCUCAUGUUCAGAAAACUGCCUAAUCGUGAACGCAACCAUAUCGUGGUAAAUUUCUGCAUCGCCUUAACGUUAACGUUAAUUGUGUUUUUGGCUGCAGUAGAGAGAUCAAAGACAGCAUCAUUUGUUGCUUGUAGAGUGGCUGCAAUAGCACUUCACUACUUUCUGUUGGCAGCAUUAUUUUGGAUGGCCGUUGAUGCAUUCGUUAAAGUAUUUCCUAUUUCCAACCCUUCCAGCUUUAUGAAGGGAUGUUACAUUUUUGCUUGGGGUUGUCCUUUAGCGAUUGUCAUAAUAACCGUCGCAACUUCAUUGGAUCAAUAUGGCGACAACACAUUUUGUCGACUGAAAGGUGUUCCAUUCAUCAUUGGCUUUUUCACUCUAACCGUUAUCAUCAUCUUUUUUCAUCUUGUCGCAUUCUUAUGCAUCAUCAGAUCUUUAUGUAAUGGUAGUGACGUGACCUCCGAUCAAAAAACCUCCGAUCAAAAAACCUCCGAUCAAAAAACCUCCGAUAAAAACCUCCGAUCAAAACCUCCGAUCAAAAAACCUCCGAUAAAAAAACCUCCGAUCAAAAAACCUCCGAUAAAAAAACCUCCGCUCUUCAAGCUAUCGCUAACAUGGUACUUUUUGUUCUCACAUGGAUUUUUGGAAUUCUUGCUACAGGUGAUGCAAAGCGUGUGUUUCAAUAUCUCUUUGCCAUAUUUAAUACCCUGCAAGCAUUCUUUGGGUUUUUAUUUUUUAUUCUUGAUUCUAAAACGCGAAAUCAAUCUACACAAAAACAUACAAAGGAAAAGGCAAAUCGUAAAGAACACAGGGUUGAAGCGACGAACACAGGAAAUAAUUUCAAUAACAUAGAGAAUCAAGAAGAGCAACCAAUGACGUCUUCAAUGUAACACGUCACAGUGUCAAGCACAGCGGAUGCAACUACUACCGUACAACGAUUGAAAAAUAAUUUCUCGUGAACGUACAUACAUGUAAUAUUUCAGUACUGCAUUGUAGUGUAAAUCACUAUGAACAUUCUGACAUUACAAUAAAAGUCAGGAUAAGUGAGAUUUAUAGAAUUAGAAAUUAGAUUUUAGAUGUUUAAAUUGUCCAUAGAGCGCCAUGGCAUGUUUUUAAAGUAAUUUAUAACAAGCUUUUAGUAGGUUGUUGUUGAUUAUGAUAUUUAAAAACUUUA